AUGAGCUUUUUGCGUUUAUUUUUUAUUUUCUGGAUUUUUCAAAUUGGAGUCGCUCAAAAAUUGGCUGUUAUUAUUGGUGAGUGAAUUUUGGAAGAUUUUUGAAAUUUUUUUUUAAUUUUUCAUCGAGGAUAUUAAAAAUGAAAAUUUUUCAAAUUUUGAUUUUUUUUUUGAAUUUUUAAAAAAAUUGUCUUUCUAAAACUUUAUAAAUCAAAUUUCGAAGAAAAAAAGUUUGAAGAAAAUUUGGAACCUUUUUUCAAAUUCCCCACAUCUGAACCCCUAACAAAUCCCCGAUUUUCAGUCGAUGGUCUCGCUGCAAACACAUUCCACAAAUUCUCCCAUUUGCCGGUAUUUCGAACAUUUGAAGAAGAAGGCGUUUGGUCAACCAAACUAUUUCCAGUCUUUCCAACUUUUGCCGUUUCAAAUCGACAUUCCCUUUUUGACAGGUGUUCUACCAAGAAGACACGGCAUUAUUGGCGAUUAUAUUUAUAAUUGGCGCGAUGAUUUGAGAUUCAACAAUUUUUCGAAGAACUCUGAUUUUUCGAGAGAUUGGUGGACAAUUGAUCCAAUAUAUGUUUCCGCAGUCAAAUCUCAAGCUUCAGUUGCAAUGUUCUAUUUUCCUGAAUGCAAAAUUAAUUGGGAAAUUGGGCCACAAGUUUGUGUUCCGCCGAGAAAUGAUGGAAAAACAUUUUCGAAUGAAAAUCAAAUUCGAUCAAUUAUCCAAGCAACUAAUGAACACGAUUUAACAUUGAUUUAUCAUCCUUGGAUUGGUGAAGAGAUUCGUCGAAAAGGUGUUCAUCAUACAAAUGAGAAAAGAUCGAAAGAAGUUGGAAAAUUUGCACAAAGUUUGGAAAGAUUAACAGCUCAAGCGAGAGAAAGAAUUGAUCUCAAUAUAAUUGUAGUUUCAACUCAUGGUUAUAUCGAUGUUCCACGAGCUCAUAUUCGAUCAAUUGAUGAAUAUAUUCCAAUGGAAUUAAUUGAAACAACAAUUGGAAGUGGAUCUAUAAAACAAUUGAUUGUGAAAAAAGGAAAAACACAUCAAGUUUAUAGCCAACUUCGAGAUCAUCAUCCAAUUCCAAACGUUCGAGUUUAUUACACUUCCCCAAAAUCUGGAGAUAUUCCUGAACAUUUCAGUUAUAAGAAGAGUGAUAUUGUUGCUGAUCUUGUUUUGGUAGCAGAUCCUGGUUACGCAAUUGUUACCGUAAGUCUUGAAAUUUUUAAAAGUUCUCUAGGAAGAUUAUGUUUUUACAGAAGGACGAGAAAAAACAAUUUCCAAAACCUAAACUUCAUGAAAUCCCCGCGGCAAUCGAUGGAUACAACAAUGAAUUGCCCGAUGUCCUCGGUGUAUUUCUAGGUUAUGGUCCAAGCUUCAACAAAAACUAUCGAAAAGGGCCAAUUCAACUAUUCGAUAUUUAUUCAUUAAUGUGCUCUUUGCUAUCAAUUAAAUGCAAUAACACACCGGGAAGAAUAUUGAGAAUUGAUGAUGUUUUGACAUCGGAAGCGAGAGUUGAGAUUCGAAGAGCUAACUCAAAUUCUAUUAUUCAAUUUUCAUUAGUUAAUUUGUUAGUUUUUUAUUUGAUCUUGAUUGUAUUUCUUGAAAACGUGUACUGAAAUUUGCCUUGAAUGAAUUUUGAUUUUUCGAAAAAAAAUUCUUUUGUUUAGGGUACUUCCGAGAUAUGCAAAUGGAAUUUUGGUGAGCUUCACAAGGGAACCUUUUUUAUUCAACACUUCAAAUCAUGAUGAAAUUUUUACAGUACAUUGA